AUGAGUACAAUGUCUCGAAUGCUCAUAGAUUAUACAGUCAGUCCAGAAGAGGUCUAAGCAAAACUCAAAAAUAAUAUGUUAAGAAGAUUCAAAGAAAUUCAUAGAGAACAUGAAAAGGAAGUUUUUAAAUUGAAAUAAGCAAUGAAAAUAAAUAUCUAAAAAUAUGAACUAUUUAAAGAAGCAUUAAAAAACCAAAAUACAACAGGAAAUUAAAAGUAUAAACGAGAUUACCAACUAAAUGACUAUUUGUCAAUUGGAGUGAAUCAGGCAUCUUAUGUUCUUGAUAAGGCCUCAACAUUACAUCAGACUCUUUAGGGUUAAGAAUAUAGAGUGGCUUCCAUCUCAAACAAAGCCGCAGACUACUUAAGUAUAAUAUUUGUUGAUGAAUAGGGCAAUUUGAAGGAAUUAACUCACUGA